AUGAAGCCUUCAUAUGUUAUUAGUUCUUAUAGCAAAUUUAAUUUAUUAGAAUCUGUAUCAGAUGUACAAGUGUUUAUGCAACAUUAUAAAAAACGAAUAAAUGCUCAGCUCCAACGUGAUCAGGCUAACUUAAGAACUGAAUUCAUAUCCUUUGCUGAGAAGAAAAUCAGCGUUCCAGAUAUGGGAUUUAUACAAGAUAACACUGAAAGAUUCAUAAAAGAUACUCCCAACGAAGAUAAUUUGGUGACGGAUUAUUACCAAAAUGAAUGUGGUCAUAUUUAUUCUAUGGUUUAUAGUGCAGACGGACAAACUAUUCUUUUGGGAUUCUCAAGUGGUCUGAUACAGAUGCGAAAUGGCGUCACAGGUGCUGUUCUUUGUACUUUAAGAAAUAUUCAAUUCCCCCCAAAGCCAGUAUAUGCGCUGCACUACAGUCCUUUUGAGGAGAAUAUUUGCUACGCAGCCUGUAUGGAUGGAGCUGUGUAUCGCAUUGAGAUACCUCACAUAGAUACACCGAUGCCAGAUCUACCAGUAACUUCUAUUCGAGCCGAUCCAAUUCUAGAAACUCUGAACACGCAGUUUUAUGGCAGUCCUGGCAUAUCCGGUUAUUCAACGCCGUUUGUGACACAACGCACGCCUGCGCUUUCUCUUGGGGUGCUAGCUGAACAACCUAAGUUGACUGUUGGUUAUGAUGAUGGAUCGAUCAAAGUUUAUGACAUGCAAACGCAAGAGGUAGAAGUAAACUACAAAGUGCUCAAGAGUCGGUUGGCAUUCAUUCCGAAAAAACUCCAGCGCAUGCAUUUUGGACAAGUCGUAGCAUUAAGAACACAUCCCCAGAAACCAUUUAUAUUCAUAAGCGGAUCUUGGGACAAGACGUUCAGAGUUUGGGACGUGAGGUGCAAAGUAGGGUGUGUUAUGACUUUUGAAGGCGUUGAUAUUUGCCACGAUAGCAUUGACUUGAUCAGAGAACAAUGUAUAACUGGAAGCUGGCAAACAACAGAAGCAUUAGCCGUGUGGGACCUAACUGCUAAGAAAAAGCUGAACGUCAUAAGAGUCCAAAACCGAAGACCUGAUGUGGACGGGGAAUACAUUUAUGCCUGUCGCUAUUGGCACUCUACUGAUUACAAUCGCAAAGGCAAGUACGCCAUCAUCGGAGGGAGUGGUACGAAGUGUGUGGAAGUAAUUAAUCUCCAUAAUAGGUACAUAAGCUGUUCUUACCCAACAAUAGGCUCCGUCCUCGCUAUCGCAAGCCACCAGGAGCGGAUUGCCUUUGGAGGAACCUAUCCCGCUUUCUGUAUCGUCUCGUUCCAUGAUCCUAAGCAUGAGAAGGCCCUAUAUGAACCAGAUGUCACACCUGACUACGAUUAUACGAAGCCGCCGCCCGUUGAUACCGCUUUAGACACGGACACUUCAACCGAAGUGCACUUCUCCGACUAUGAUUCUACAACUGGAACUAAGUCUGGCACACCUCUGACAAAUAACUCAACCGUUCAACAAAACUAG